CCCUGCACAGCCUUCAGCAGUGGCUCCCUCUCCUCUUGGGAGCUGUCAGGGAAAGCAGGAAGCACGUCCCCGGAUCGCCUGGGCCGCUGCAGCCCCAACGGCUUCGCCAGCAACAGCUACAGGGAUGGUGGAUACAGAUGCUCCUCUUAUUCCUCCUUCUCCGUCGAUGGGAGACUUCUGGCCCCUGUGCACCUCGAUAUCGACACAGACUUCCAAGCCAUGCGACAGCAGGAGAAAGAGGACAUCAAGUUGCUCAACAACCAGUUUGUGACCCUCAUUGAGAAGGUCCAGUGCUUGGAGCAACAGAACAAGGUCCUGACGACAAGGUGGAACUUCCUGAAGGAUCAAGACAAUUCCCACUCCGAGUCGGACAUCAAAGCCAUCUACGAUCAGUACAUGAGCAAGAUGAAGCAAGAGAUGAAGGCGCUCAACUAUGAGCAGGAAAACCUGGAGUCGGAGCUGACAAAGGUCCUGAGCACCAUGGAUAACUUCCGGAGCAAAUACGAGGAUGAAAUCCGCCUCUGCAGUGGCAUGGAAUACACCUUCAUGGAGCUCAAAAGGUCAGAUUUAGAUGUGAGCACCUUGCACAGAACGGAGCUGGAGGUUAAACUCAAUGGGCUCCAAGAGCUAGAUUUGAAGAAGACCAUCUACGAGCAGGAACUGGAGGAGCUGCUGACGGAAAUUAAGGACAUCUCUGUUGUCCUGGGAAUUGACAACGCCUGCAAGCUUGACCUGAGCAGGAUUGUGGAAGAAGUGAGGGCCCAGUAUGAGGCUCUGGCUCUUCGGAGCUGGGAGGAGGCUGAAGCACUUACCAGGAGAAAGCUGAAUGAAGGCAGCAGCCAGUCAGGCAUCUACGGGGGUCGCCUCCUGGACAGCCGUCGGGAGAUCGCAGACCUGAACAUACAGAUCCAGAAGCUGAGGUCCUGCAUCGUGUCCCAAAAGAGCCAGUGCCUUUACUUAGAGGAGCAUAUCAAAGAAGCAGGAGAGCAUGGUGAGAUGGCCCUCAAGGAUGCCAAAGCCAAACUGGUCAAGCUAGAAGAAGCCCUACAGAAGAGCAAGGAGGACAUGGCUCAUCUGGUGAAAGAGUAUCAGGAGCUGAUGAACAUCAAGCUAGCUCUGGAUGUGGAGAUCCUAACAUACAGGAAGCUGAUGGAAGGGGAGGAGAGCAGCAUGGAGCAGCCAAUACCCACAAUCAUCAGCAGCGUCCACUCCAGACCAAAGCACCUUUCUGCCAGCACCCUGAGAAACUGCAAGCUCUUUGCAAGAAAAACAGGCAGCACCAAUGGAGAGACGAAGCCAAACGGAGGCAGCACAAAGGCACUGCCCUCCAGAAGCCACAGUGACAACCCGGUGACACCAGAAGCAGAUGCCUUCUCCAGCGGUGCCCAGCCAAAGCUCAGCUCCCCGCCCACCGAGGAGUGCUCCUAG